GAUACGACACAGAGCUCUAAACCCAAAAAGAUUCUACAGAGAGAAAGAGAAAGAAACUUUUAGAGAGAGAGAGAGAGAGAGAGUUACACAUCCUAGAAUGGGGUGAGAGGAAAGUCUGAGCAGCUGGAAGUUUUUUUUUCUUCUUCUAACAGCUGCAAAUCAAACACCAUCAAAGUUUUGAUUUGUUCUGGUAAUUUCUAAACUGUUCCGUGAAGGAAACAGUUGUUUUGUGCAAAAUUUCUGCACUUGAUUUCUGUUAUUCAGUAGGUACAACGAGUGAGAUCUUGAAAACUCAAUUCUAUCUAAUAGUUUUGAAUUGGGGUUUUUAAAACUCUAAUCAUCUGGUUCUGGUUUGGAUCGGUUACCUGGGUUAUAUAUCAGUCCACAAAUUGAGUUUUUCUUGGUUGGAAUUGAUUGUUUACAAUCAUCAUUGGAGUCAUGUCAACACCAUCUCAUCGGCAAUCUAGACGUAUGUACUCUUGGUGGUGGGACAGCCACAUAAGUCCCAAAAAUUCAAAAUGGCUCCAGGAGAAUCUUACAGAUAUGGAUGCCAAAGUCAAAGCAAUGAUCAAACUUAUUGAAGAGGAUGCUGAUUCCUUUGCAAGGAGGGCGGAGAUGUACUAUAAGAAACGUCCGGAGCUUAUGAAAUUGGUUGAAGAAUUCUAUCGAGCAUAUCGUGCAUUGGCUGAAAGAUACGAUAAUGCAACUGGGGUGCUUCAGCAGGCUCACCGGACUAUGGCAGAAGCAUUUCCAAAUCAAGUCCCCAUGGUACUUGGUGAUGAUUCACCUGCAAGUUCUGCUUCUGAGACGGAUCCCCAUACACCUGAGACGUCAACCCCUAGACAUUCAUUCUUUGACCCUGAUGAUUUGCAAAGUGAUGCUUUAGGACAGUCUUCAUCUCAUUUUCAUGCUGUCAAGAGGAAUGGGGCUUUUUCUGAAGAGUCUGAUUCCGUACCAAAUAGAAAGGGUUUGAAACAGUUCAAUGAUUUAUUUGGGUCGGUACACAAUGCAAAAUCGGGAGAAGGAAGGGUGAGAAAAGGCCUCAGUUUUAAUGAGGCAGAGGAAAAAGAACGAAGCAUUGAAAGCAAGGAGAACCAUGUUACCCGGGAUCGAGCCUUGUUUGAGUCUGAAGUGGUGGGAAAAUUUGAGAAGGAAAUUCAAACAUUAAAGGAAACACUAGCCAAAUUAGAAGCUGAGAAAGAGGCUGGCCUAUCUCAGUACCAACAGAGUUUGGAGAGGUUGUCUAAGCUAGAAUCAGACGUCUCUCGUGCACAAGAGGAUUCCAUAGGGCUUAAUGAACGAGCAAACAAGGCUGAAGGUGAAGUUCAAUCUUUGAAGGAAGCUAUCACUAAAUUAGAAGCUGAAAAGGAAGUUAGCCUUCUUCAGUACCAGCAGUGUUUGGAAAGGAUAGCUAAUCUUGAGAAUGUUAUCUCUCAAGCCAAAGAGGAUGCUGGGGAACUCAAUGAGCGAGCCCACAAGGCCGAAACUGAAGCUCAAGCCGUAAAGCAAGACCUUACUACACUAGAAACUGAAAAGGAUGCUGCUCUUGAUCAAUACAAACACUCUUUGGAGAUGAUUUCGACUCUGGAGAACAAAUUAUUGCUUGCUGAAGAGGAUGCUAGAAAGCUUAGUGAGCGAGCCGACAAAGCUGAAAGGGAAGUUGAAAAUCUAAAGCAAUCUCUUGCCAAAUUGACUGAAGAGAAGGAAGCUAUCGCUCUCCAGUAUGAGCGGUGCCUGGAAACUAUUUCAAGUCUAGAGCAUAAAAUCUCCUGCGCUGAAGAGGAGGUCCAAAGGCUUAAUGGGGAAAUAGAUUGCAGGGUUGCUAAGUUAAAGGGUGCUGAAGAACAAUGUCUUCUGUUGGAAAGAUCUAAUCAAUCUCUUCACUCUGAGUUAGAAUCGUUGGUGCUGAAGACAGGUGCUCAAAGUGAAGAGCUUACAGAGAAGCAGAAGGAGUUGGGGAGAUUGUGGACUUGCAUUCAGGAAGAGCGAUUCCGGUUUGUGGAGGCUGAAACUGCUUUCCAAACUCUACAGCAUUUGCACUCUCAGACUCAGGAAGAACUGAGAUCUAUGGCUUCGGAGCUUCAAAACAGGGCUCAACUCUUAAGGGACAUUGAAACUCAUAAUCAAAGUUUGCGGGAUGAAGUCCUGAAGAUUAAAGAAGAGAACAAGAGCCUCAGCGAGCUUAACUUAUCUUCAGCCAUGUCAAUAAAAGAUAUGCAAAAUGAGAUCUUUAACUUAACGGAGACUAAAGGGAAACUUGAAGAGGAGGUUGAACUCAGAGUGGACCAAAGAAAUGCUCUUCAACAAGAAAUUUACUGUCUGAAAGAGGAACUGAAUGAGCUGAACAAGAAACACCAAGCAAUAUUGGACCAGGUUGAGGAAGUAGGCUUUAGCCCAGAUUGUUUUAAAUCAUCAGUAAAGGAAUUGCAGGAUGAGAACUCAAAUCUAAAGGAAACCUGUGAGAGAGAAAUAAGUGAGAAAGUAGCUCUUUUAGUGAAGUUAGAAAUUAUGCAACAGCUUCUCGAGAAAAAUGCCAUUUUGGAAAAGUCCCUUUCAGAUUUGAGAGCUGAGUUAGAAGGGGCUAGAGGGAAGAUAAAUGCACUGGAAGAGUCCUUUCAUUCUCUUUUGGAAGAGAAAUCUACUCUUGUUGCUGAGAAGGCCACUCUAAUAACUCAGUUACAGGUAACUACUGAGAAUUUAGAGAAACUCUCGGAGAAAAACACCUUUCUGGAGAAUUCCCUUUCUGAUGCUCAUUAUGAACUUGAAGGGUUGAAGAUAAGAUCGAAAAGUUUAGAAGAUUCAUGCCAGCUGCUUGAAAAUGAGAAAUCUGGUCUUAUGGAUGAGAAGGAUGCCUUGUUUUCUCAGGUGGAAAUCACUCGGAAGAGAUUUGAAGACCUUGAGAAAGGAUAUAGAGAAGUAGAAGAGAAAUACUCAGCUCUGGAGAAAGAGAAAGAGUCCACACUUCACGAAGUAGAAGAACUACGCGUUUCCUUGGAUGUACAAAAGCAGGAAUAUGCCAGCUUGACCACAAUGAGCAAGACAAAGUUGGCUGGUAUGGAAAACCAGAUCUGUUUCCUACAAGAAGAAGGUCACCGCAGGAGGAGAGAGUUCGAAGAAGAGCUAGACAAAUCCAUGAAACACCAACUUCAGAUUUUCAUCUUGCAGAGAUGUGUACAAGAUCUAGAAGAAAAGAGCCGCUCUCUGUUGACUGAGUUUCAUAAACUCCUUGAUGCAUCCAAAUUGUCGGAACAGCUGAUUUCUGAAUUAGAGCAUAAAAAUCUUGAGCAACAGGUGGAAGUGAAAUCCUUGUCCGAUCAAAGAAGCAGAUUUAGGAUGGGGAUGUAUGAGUUGUUGAAAGCUUUUGACAUUGAUCUAGGCCACGGGUGUGAAGAAAAGAUUGGCCAGGACCAAACAUAUUUGAACCACAUGCUAAGCAAACUUGAAGAUACAAAAAGUUCUCUUUGUGAAGUACACGAUGAAAAUCAGAAGCUGGCAGUUGAGAUCUCGGUUCUUGUCACAAUGCUUGGGCAUCUAAGAUUAGAAGCAAAUGCUGUUGAGAUGGAAAGGAACAUUCUUGACCAGGAACUCCAUAUAAAGAAUGAACAGUUCUCUGUGUUGCAGAUUGAGGCAAAUAAGCUUCUAGUGAUGAAUGAAGAGCUGCAAUCGAAAGUGAGGGAAAAGGACCAAAAAGAGGAAGUACUAACAAGUGAAAUAGAGAAUCUUCAUGGGAAGUUUAUGGAUAUGCAAGGGGCCUGCCAGAUUUUACAGACAGAGAACUCAAAGGUGCUUGAAGAAAAAAGUUUCUUGACAAAGAGAUUCUUGGACUUGGAGGAAAAAGAGCGUACUCUUCAAGAGGAAAACUUUUCUAUUGUAGGUGAAACGUUAUCUCUGAGUACCCUCUGUCUGAUUUUCAAGAACAUUAUCAAUGAGAAAUCUGUGGAACUGAAGGUGCUCAAUGAAGAUCUGGACAAACUUCAAGGUGUCAAUGGUGCCCUCGAGGGCAAGUUAAGAAUGACGGGGGGAAAAUUGGAAGAGGUACAGCUUGAAAAUUUGCAUCUGAAGGAGGAGUUGAAGAUUUCAGAGGAUGCGUUAAGAACAGUUGCAUCUGUCAGUGAACAAUUGAAUCAUGAAAUUGCUAAUGGCAAGGAUCUAUUGAGUCAAAAGGAAAUUGAACUUUCUGAAGCAGAACACAAACUUACUGCCACAGAGAACGAGAAAUCAGAGUUGCAAAAAACAGUGGAGGAUCUGAAGAGGGAAAAUGAUGAGGUUAAGAUGGUUAGGGAUGACCAAGAAAAGCAGAUUCUCAAGCUAUCUGAAGACAACGAUCAUCUGAGUAAGGAGAAUGGAUACCUUAAUGAAGCAAAUCGGGAACUUGAGUUUGAACUGCACCAUUUGCAUGAAGAACAUGAAAAAACCAGAAGCAGAGAGGAAAGUUUGUUCUAUGAGGUGCAAAAGGGAAACAAUGAGAUUAAUCUAUGGGAGAGUGAGGCCACAACCUUUUUUGGUGAUCUACAGAUCUCCGCUCUCUUUCAAGCUUUGUUUGAAGAGAAGGUUCAUCAGCUAACUGAAGCAUGUAAAAGCCUUGAAGGUGAAACUACUUCUAAAAAUAUGGACAUUGAAAAGAUGAAAGAAAGAAUCAGCACUUUGGAAGGUGAAAAUGGAGGACUCAAAACUCAGUUGGCUGCAUAUGUCCCAGCCAUCAAUGCUUUAAAGGAUUGUAUAUUAUCCCUGGAGAACCAUACCUGUUUGCAUAGAAAGCUUCAACAAAGCAACAAUGAGGGACUGAAGGAUGCUGAAUUGGCGAAUCAUAGUGCAGAUCAAAAGAUGCCAGAUGAAUUUUCAGAGUUGCAGGAUUUGCAAACAAGGAUUAAAGCUGUUGAGAAGGCAGUGAUUGAAAUGGAGAGUUUUGUGACACAGGAAAACAUUAAUGCUAAUACCAAGCUAGAGGCUGCAAUGAGACAGAUUGAAGAGUUAAAAUUCAAAGGUGGCUCAAACCAAGAAAAUGUUAGGCCCACGUCUGAGAUCUCCGAAUUGGAAAAUGGACUUCUGACAAAAGACAUUAUGCUCGAUCAGAUUUCUGAAUGUUCAUCCUAUGGGAUAAGCAGGAGAGAAUGUGCCAAUGCAAAUAGUCACAUGCUUGAGUUAUGGGAUAUUGCUGAUCUUGAUGGCAGCAUCGAUCUUACCGUUGGGAAGGGAAAGAAAAUAGUCACUGCACCUACUGAAAAAGGUUUUCCAGUUGAGGUGGUGAAGAAACAGAGGAGUAGAUAUCCCAAUUCAGAAAUACUGAUUGAAAAGGAGUUGGGUGUGGACAAACUAGAGAUUUCCAGGACAUUUUCAGAGUCACGUCGAGAAUUGAACAAGAACAAGGUCUUGGAGAGGCUUAAUUCUGAUAUCCAGAAACUGACAAACCUUCAAAUCACCGUGCAAGAUUUGAAGAGGAAAGUCGAGAUUAGUGAAAAGGAGAAAAAGAGUAAAGCUUUUGAUGACUCUGAUACUCUGAAGUUGCAGUUGGAAGAAGCUGAGGAGGCUAUCCUGAAAUUGUUUGAUCUGAAUAGUAAAUUGAUGAAAAGUAUCGAAGACAGAUCAUUUGCUGUUGAUGGCAAACCUGCAAUGGAUUCAGAAGAGAGUGGGAGCAUCAGCAACAGAAGAAGGAAAAUUUCAGACCAAGCACGAAAAGUGUCUGAAAAAAUUGGGCGGUUGCAGUUGGAAGUACAAAAAAUACAGUUUGUUUUGCUAAAACUUGAUGAUGAAAAUGAAAAAGAAAGCAAAGGGAAAAUGGUACUCACAGACUCAAAAAGAAGAGUUCUGCUUAGUGACUAUCUCUAUGGCGGUGGUGUGAGAACUGGCCAUAGGAGAAAGAAAGGGACCUUUUGUGGUUGUGUCCGGCCUCCAACAAGGGGAGACUGAGUUAUUUUACAUGUAAAUCGGCAUAUCAGUUAGAGUUCAUAUUUCUUUUUCUUUUUUUCUUUGUUGUCUAUAAAUUUUCUCUAUCGAGAUGUUUUAAGACUUGUAUGUGUUGCCUUGGUUUAAUUAGAGUAUUUUGUCCUUAAUUUAGUUUAGGAGGAAGUACUGUAAAUGUCAGGGUCCGUCUAAAUCAUAAUAAGCUACUGUUGGGGGAGCUUUGUUUCCUUCAAAAUAAUUUGGAUCGUGUUGGGAAAACUUUUCUUCAUGGGAAAUCAAUUUUCAUGUUAUGUAAUUAUUGUUCUUAGCA